GAGGGGCUCGUAGUUGUCCUUGACAACCAACAGCAACAAGCCACAGUUUGAUACACAAUGUCUUCCAGUGCUACUGUGGUCAGCCAUGGUCGUAGGAAGGGCUCGCUCAGAUCCACUCCUGAAGCCAAGCAGAGGGAACCUCCAGUCAAACCAGGGCAGGUGGCAGUACUCACGCAUGCAGAGUGGGGUCGUAUCUGUGCCGGUGUGAUGAAGGACAGGGGCGCUAAAAAACCACUCAAUGAUAGAGAAGAGCUCCAUCAGAGGUCAAAGUCUAUUGUUAAACACUGGGAGAACACCAUCGAGGGCCAACGUCUGAAGAAGCUACAGGCAGGCAAGAUACGUGAGGAAGCUGAAGAGGCUGAGCGUGUCAAGCUAGAUAUUGAGGAGGCAAAGUUUCAAGCAGAUAAGAGAAGAGAAUCCAUUGAAAAGGCCAAAACAAAUCUGUACUAUCAGACCGAUCGUGUCAAACAUUUCCACGGAGCUCUGCUUUUAUCUGAGGUACUGCAUGAACGAGAUUGUCAAGUGGAGUAUAAGAAACGCCGUGCUGAGGCAAGCAAGGGACAGGAUGACAAGUUCAUACAAAUUGAGACCAGUAUACGAGAGGCUGGGUUGAAGGCUGAUAUAGAAGCAGCACAACGCAGAGCUAAGGAAAGAGAUGCUGUUGUUCAGUUCCAGCUUAAGCAAGCGUCUAAUAAGAGUCAAGCAAGAGUAAAUGAACGAGAAGCUGCUCUCCAGGAGCAGGCACAACUAGACAAGGAAGUGAGGGAAUUCGAUGCACAGCAAAAGGCCAUAGAGGCAAAGCAUCAUCAGAAGCAACUGGACUAUCGCAAAGCCCUGGAUCAAGUGCUGGAUGAGAAAAAAGAGAGAGAAAAAAUUCAGAAAAAGAAUGCAAAGGACAAGGAAGAAGAGAUAAAAAUCUUUGCUAAAGCCAAAAGAAAAAUGACUGAGAUGCGUAAAGCCAAGGAAGAGGAGUUGUUUAAAGCGUUCCAGACCCACCAGGCACGGAUAUGUGACAAGCUACAAGCUGAGAGUGCUCAAGCUACUGGUGAGGAGGACAGGAGGAUUGCACAGGCUGUGGUCGAACAGGAGGCAAAAAAAAUGGCAGAGGAACGAUUGAAGACAGAGCGAUUUGUUGCAAUGAGUCGAGAUAUCGACUCUCACACAAGACAGCAGCUAGCAGAGCAGGAGGAAGCACGGAGGCUACAGCAGGCCAUUGAUCAGGACCUACUAAAGCAACGCAUCAUCCAGGACCAAAAGUUCCACAGCCAGGAAAUGGACAAGGCCUCUAAGAAUGCUCGGAAGGCAAUGGAAAGACGAGACUUUCACAAACUACAAAUGAAAGAAAUGGCUGCUCGUAAACAGAGUUUCUACGAUGAUAACACAGAAACAGUCGCCAAGAACAUGGAGCUACUCAAGGUUGAAGAGGACCAAUUUCAACAGUACGCACAGGAAGUGAUUGACAAGGCAGCCACCAGAGGAGGUCAUGUUUAUCCACUGCUCAAGGCUGCCCGCUCAGGAGCCGGUGCUGGCCAUGGUCGUGUGAUGAGUGGGAAAGGUGGUAUUAGACCUAGCUAUCAAGCUUCUGACUCCAUUGCAGUAGAACUGCCCUCAUAUCCCGACCAGUCAGAGGAACACAAAGACACUCAGAAGAGAUUAGGAUUUACUUGGUAGCUAGAUCCAUUAUUGAAAGACUCACUUUUGAACGUUAAAAACUGUUUUACAUGUCAUCUUAACAAGUCAAUUAGAUCUACAACAUUAGACCAUUGAAUAAUUAUAAUUAUUGAAAGCA